GAAUAUUUAUUAUUUAUAUAAUAAAAAAAUUAUAUGAAAAUCGGGACGUCACAGGUGAGAUAAUCUCAAGACAUUAUUAAUAAGAAUUUAUUUUCACUUCUGGACUAACAAGACUCUAAAAGCUCUUUACAUAUCAUAGUGAGAAAUUCCAAAAACUGAGCAGCUGGACAACUCUCUACCCGGAACUCGAACUCGAAAGUGAGAGCCCUUUGGAAUUACAAGAUUGCACGAACCGAGUCCUUCGUGAUCUGCGUCUGGAUUCCACUACUCCUAAUCGGUAUCCCACUGUGCAGCUUCGUAACUAGAGGCAUACGUCGCGCACUACAGACGGCGGUGUCUUAUACACUUGUCAGCCUUCUUCAUCUGGCCCGCGCGGCCGCCUUCCACCUUAACCCCGAAGUAACUCUCUCUCUCUCUCUCUCUCGCUCUAUAAAAUUGAGUGGAGAGGGAAGGACCUGGUAGUUAUCAGCGCUCGAGCUAUAAUUUAGUACUGUUCGACUUCAUUCUACUGCGCCCCCACAGGCCACACAAAUCAUUAAUCAAACACUCCCUCUUGGACCAUACUUUGAUUUUUCUUCCCCAUAUCCAUCUCCUUCUUCUUCAUCUCCUUCUUCUUCUUCUUCUUCUUCUUGCUAUUAUUAUUCUAUAUAUUGUUUUUACAGGUAGAUAGAUUGGCGGUUAAGAAUACAUAUAGACAUAGUCAGUCUCUCCAUCGACAUGCUCGCUUCUCCUCAGCUUCCUGAGCAUUUCUCUGCAUACCCAUCAAUUUCUUCAGAGCAACAGCUCUCUGUCUGCCUCAAUAUCAAACUCAAGAACCUCAUGUGCUUGCUCCUCCUCCGAUUCAUCUCCCUUCUUGCUCCUCGAUCCAAAGGCUAGACCUUUAUAUUUUUACUUUCAUAUUCACUUCCGAUCACAGAGCAUUAUUAGCUUAAUUCCAGCUUGAUCAUCAAUAUUAGUUCUUCAUUCAAGGCGGCCACAUGAUGGGUUUGAGCUCAAAACAAGUUUCGGCUGGUGAAGGGGUCGAUUGGGGCCAGACCUUGUUGCCCACGGGUGCCUUGGAGCUGCCUCCGAAACAAACUCCGGCGACGCGGCAACCGCCUCAACAGCAAUUGGGGCCGUCGCUGAAGUGCCCGCGAUGCGAUUCUACCAACACCAAGUUCUGUUACUACAACAAUUAUAACAAGUCCCAGCCCCGCCACUUCUGCAAAUCCUGCAAGAGGCAUUGGACUAAAGGCGGAACUCUCCGCAACGUUCCCGUCGGCGGCAGCCGCAAGAAUAAGCGGCUCAAGGCGUCAACAGCCAGUACUUCCGCCACCGCCGCGACCAGUGCCUCAAAUAGUGGGAGUGGCGGGACUAAUACCCACACAGCAAAUCAUCGAACAGUUGGUGAUGGGGAGACCGAUAUUUCUGAAAUUCUCCCUCGGGCUUUGAUUUCUUGUUCCCCAUCUAAUUCUCUUCAACUCAAUCAUUUCUUCAACAGCAGCAGCAAAAAUUUCGGUCAUGAUGGCAUCUUCGACCGGUCGAUUCUAUCUCUGCAUCAAAAUCAUCAGAACCUAUGCAACAUUCCCUUUCCAAGCCUCACAAGCCCUUUCGGGAGCGACCCAUUUUCAAUUUCGUCCCCAUUUCAAUCCUCGAACGUUUAUAGCUGUGCCGCAGGGGAACCCGAGACUAUGGAGGACUCAACAAUCACUACCGUGAAUAUGCCCACGGCAAGCGGCGGCGGCGCGGCCACCGAUCAGCCAUGGCAGGUACCUACUUCAAGCAGCGCCGCCCUGGAGACAUGCUACUCGUGGGGUUUAGAUGAUAUUGACGCACUGGUCUCAGCCGACCUCAAUCUACCAUGGGAUGAUGAUUAAUCCGAUAUCAAACCAUGAAGGUGUUUUUUCUGUUCUCCGUUUUUCAUUAGCGGUGUCAACAGACAUGUCUACGAGUUUGAUGUCUGUGUACUACUAGUUGGGAUCGCCUCUUCUAUCUGUUAAAUAUUUAUACUAGUUAAUCAUACCAAUAUGUGUUUCUUUUUGUUUUCAGCGAUCAUACAUCUUCAAUUGUCUCCUUCAACCUGUAAUUGUCAUAGUGAUAAAGGCUAUUUGAAGCUGUCAUUUUU